AUGAUAACCGGAACAACAACUUUUGACCAGUUAUCAUAUGAUAAUGAGGGGAUUGAAAAGUCAACGGAGGAUUCACCAACUUUCUCAUCAAAAAAUGGUGGUACUUCCAAGGUCCUACCUUUUGAGUUGAGAGUGCUUGAAAUUUGCCUAAAAUUUGUUUGCAAGUGUCUAGAAUCCGAGGCUAGCACACUAGAGCAAGAAGCAUAUCCAGCUUUGGAUGAAUUAUUAGUAAGUGUCAGCACGCUUAAUCUCCAACGCGUUCGAACUAUAAAGAGUCGUCUUGUUGCUCUGUAUGCCCGCGUCCAGAAGGUGAGAGAUGAACUUGAACAUUUACUGGAUGAUGAUAUGGAUAUGGCGGAAAUGUACCUUACCGAUAAGCAUAAUAAGCAGUACGCUGAAGAACCGGAACCAAAAGAUGAUACCGAGGAUGACAGCGAUGAAGACGGAGGGAGCAGUAGAAGUAGCAGUGCAGACUUAAGUGGCCAGAAGCCAAAAGUUGAAGAGUUGGAGAUGCUAUUGGAAGCAUACUUUGCCCAACUGGAAGGAGCCUUGAGCAAACUAUCCACUAUGCGGGAAUAUGUCGACGAUACGGAGGACUACAUCAACAUCAUAUUGGAUGAGAAGCAGAACCAGCUGCUGCAAAUUGGAGUUGUAAUGAGCACAGCAACAAUGCUUCUGAAUAUAGGCCUUGUGAUUGGAGGUAUACUUGGGAUGAACAUCAGCAUACCGCUCUUCAGAGACGGUGUCCCUAUGCAGUUCUAUAUGACCACUUUCGGGGUUUGCGCCGGCAUUAUUGUAUCGUUCGCUGCGGCCGUCCUAUCCAUCAAGAAAAAAGGGUUGCUUGGAUAAUUGAAUACGAACCAAACAGAGACUUAAGCAUGGUGUUCAAAUCUUACCGUCAUGAGCAGCAACUUUCUCCUCAUCUAUUUUACCUCAGAUUGUAAAGAAAGCAUGGAACAAAUGCAGUAAGUAUCUAAUUGUAAGAAAAACCACUCAGAAAAAGAAAAAGAAAAAAAAGAAAGUUUGUACUGGUGUAGCUAUUCUAACUAAAGUAUGAUGCCAGUUGCUGAAAGUAGUACAGGUAUUGAGUAUACUAUAUAAUCAUCAAUAUGAUCUGCCUAUGGAAUAUUUUAAAUUAUCGUUGACUAAUCAUGUUUAGAUAUACACUUACGUAAAGGGUUCACCUGCAUCAGUUAAGGUUGGGAAUAAAUGAUUACUCUAUAGAAAUAAUCAAACAUGUGAGUCCAUACCUGUGGUUCCAUUCUAAUAUUUUUCCAUCUCAGCACCAGAACCCUAGAACUCGAGCACAGCUUCUUCACCACAGCCAAUCAGAAUCGCUAGCACUGGGCCGAACUAAAUUGAUGCCCUUUGCCAAUUAACCUUUCGGAUUCAGGCACCGGAGAGGGAGGGCAACAGAUGGAUUGCAGGCC